AUUGGUGAGGGCAUGUACGGGUCCGUGUAUAAGGCGCACUGUGUGGACACAGCUGCCGGUGUGGUGGCGUUGAAGAAGAUACGCACACGCGUAGGCAAUGAAGGCUUCCCGCUCACCUCAGUGCGAGAGAUCAAACUGUUACGCAUGAUCAACCAUCCUAAUGUGGUCAGAUUGCUGGAUAUAGUGGCCG